UUACUCACAUAAAACGAAGUUUCAUUUGGAAAAUAGAUGUUUUUGAGCUCAGUUUUGUACCGGUUGUGAAAGACAGUCAAUACGUAAAGAUACAACAUUGCCAUAAAUUGUAUUUCAUCCUGGUUUUGUAAAUACCUUUUAAGAAAAUUUAAUCGAGAAGUUGGGUGACGGGGUAAGGUGAGUAUUGUUAGAGCUGACGUUACGUCAUUAGAAUCCAGUGGAAUCUCUGACCAGAAUCAGACAAUAACCAUAGUCUUUCCGACUCUUGUUGAAGUGACAUUUGCAGAAACACAAGCAUGACGGAACCUAGUAAUGCUGGGAGUAAACCUGAAACUAAUUUUGUUAAGCCUAAAUGGCAGAAAAGAAUGAAGCUGUUUAUUUAUAACCCGGAGAAUAACACGAUUAUGGGGCGGACUUGCUGUAAUUGGGGCAAGAUUUUAUUAUUUUAUAUCUGCUUCUACAUAGUAUUGUUCUUGCUUAGUGCAUUUAUGUACUAUAUAUUUUCCUACCAUAUUAUUCCAAAGUCGGAACCCAGGCUAAAGGAUUCUCAUAACCUGCUUAAUGGAACACCAGGUGUAGUUGUUAUACCUGUAGAUAUUGAAGGUCCUGUAUACUUUAGAGUAAAGGACAUGGAUCAUGCUGCCUCAUAUAUAGCAAAGAUUGAAAAGAGCCUUAAAGAGAAGCAUGGCAUAAAAUGUCAUAAAGAUGGGAAUUGUUCAAUACUAACAGAUAAGAAAGAUGAUAGUGUUCAACAGCUAGAAAAAUCAGCUCUUUUCCCUGACGGUUCAUUAUGUAAUAAGAAAACUAAUUUUGGUUUUUCCAUUGGCAAACCAUGCUUUAUUGUUAGAGUCAAUAAGCUGUUCAAUUGGAAACCUGAGCCAUACGCAAGCUUGUCAGAUGUCCCUUCAGAAUUUCCAAAAGACCGUUAUCUUGCAAAUUCUAUAGGAAUUCAUUGUUAUGGAAUUAAUAGUCCUGAUAAGGAUAACCUUGGUAAUGUAGUUUACAUACCACCGACAGGAAUACCUUUUAAAUACUUUCCAUAUUUAAAUCAAAAAAACUAUGUUUCUCCAUUCACAUGGAUUCAGCUCUUAGGUAUAAGACGUCACAUUGCGGUGGGUAUCAGAUGUAAAAUUUAUGUAAAUAACGCCUAUAUUUAUCACAGGAAACGUAUUAAUUUUGUUGAUUUUUACGUUCUUAUAGAUUAAAAUCUGCCCCUUUAUCUAUCUGUUGGAAAUGGUCACAUGAUAAGGAACUAAGUGGCUGUACAUCAGCAUUGCUUGGGAGUUAUUCAGUUUGAGUGACUAAGGUCACUUAGUUGCUUUCUUUCUGAGUAGUUUUAUACAUACAUUUCUGUUUUCAUACAAACUUAGCUUUCUUUGAUACUAGAGACUUCAAGCAAAGAUGUUAGUUCAAUAUGAAUUUUUAAGUCUUGUUCUAUUUCUCCGUAUUGUUGAAGGCUUUUACUAUUGCUCCAGUUUUAAUAUUUUUGACACUCAUCACUUUCCUUUAUCAUAUACUGGCUGCAGUUGUUUGUUGUUUUGGUAACUUUUGUUUUCUUUUUUUUUUUUUGCUAAUAUCGAAUUCUCUGCUAAUUUGAUAAUUUUUUCUUUCCAAGGAAAUUAAAUGCUUUCAUCAUCAUCGUUUAACAUCCGCUUUCCAUGCUAGCAUGGGUUGGACGAUUUGACUGAGGACUGGUGAAACCAGAUGGUUACACCAGGCUCCAAUCUGAUUUGGCAGAGUUUCUACAGCUGGAUGCCCUUCUUAACGCCAACCACUCAGAGAGUGUAGUGGGUGCUUUUACAUGCCACCGGCACGAAGGCCAGUCAGGGGGUACUGGCAAUGGCCAUGCUCGAAAUGGUGUAUUUUACGUGCCAUCUGCACAGGAGCCAGUCCAGCGGGACUGUAUAUAUAUAUAUAUAUAUAUAUAUAAAAUCAUCAUGAUCAUGAUCUUGAUCAUUUAACGUCUGUAUACCAAGCAGGGGUAGGAUGGUUGACAGGAGCCAGCCAAGUAGAAAACUACCUCCGGCUACUGUGUCUGUUCUGACCGGGUUUUUACAACUGGAUGCCCUUCCUAACACCAGCCACUCUGCAGAGUGGACUCAGUGCUUUUUACAUGGCACUAGCUCAGGUGAGGUUAGUUUUGGCAUGAUUUUUUCAGCUGGAUGCCCUUCCAAAUGCCAACCACUUAAGAGUGUCGGCUGGAUGCUUUUUACUUGGCACCAGCACUGCCAGGGUCACCAAGUAACUUGCAAGAUAUGGAAUUUUGAGAGGGGCAGGGUAUUUGAGGAGGGGAACGUGUGUUAGGGGAUAAAAGGUUAGAGUGUGACAGAGAGGCAGAAACAGGUGUCUUGCUAUAGAGGAGGUGCAUGUCUUGCUAUAGAGAAAGAGAGAAGAGAGGGAGAGAGAGAGGUGGAGAAGAAGAGAGAGAGAGAGAUACAAGAAAGAGGACAGAAACAGGUGCGCUGAUGUAAAAGAGAUAAUUGGUUUCCUAGUCAGAGAGAAAAGAAAAAGGAGAGAAACAGUGAUCAAGGAUGAGGGCAGAAACAGGUAUGCUGCUGUAGAGGAGAUCCAUGGUUACCCAGCCAGAGGGAAGAGCAAGGGAAAUAGAGAGAUAGAAACAGCAAAAGUGUAAGGGAGAACAUGAGAGAGAUGGUAAAGUGCCAGGGUAUACUCACAAGUAACAAAGAUCAGAGCUUAGAUGUGAUGGUAGAGUAAGAAAAGGAGAGAUACAGAGGUCAUAAUAUACAUGGUCAGAUAUUGCCAAGAAGGUGCAAGUAGGGAGUAGAGAUUGCAGUGGAAAAUGGAUGUUAAAUGUUAAUAAUACAUACAUACGUAUGUGCAUGCAUGCAUACAUACAUUUACUUAUUUUUUAUUUAAACCAGCAAUUAUAGGGAGAGAAAAUUAGUCAGUUAAUUUAACUCCCAGUACUUGUCCAGUACUUUUUGUAGACCCCAGUGAAACGAAAGGCAAAUUUGAACUUGGAACAAAUAGUUGGGAUAAAGACUGCAAGGUAUUUUGUACAGCACUCUAAUGAUUCUGUCAAUAUAGAAAACAAUAGUUACAACACUAUCAAAUCUCAGGUUUAAAACUAUGAGAAAUUAUAGCUCAAACAACUUGAUUUUCUUUCAAUAAAAAAUUGGAAAAUAAGAAUACUUUUUCACUCUAAAAUUGCUGUUGCUGGAAGAGCAUGAAAAAUAUUUUUAAAAGAAGAUUCAAUAGAAGGUUCUGUUUAAGUAAUUAAAUGUUUGCCUUUAGAUAUGAAAUGACCAAGUGGAUAAGGUAUUAAAUUCUUGCUCAUGAAUUGUGGUUUCAGUUGUUGGUGUCUAUAAGUUUGGACAUUUAAUUCUGCAUAGCUUCAGUUAACUUAGCUGUUUAAAAGAGGUGAAAGAUUUUUCUGGUAAAGGUAUGUUUGGAGAAAAUUGUCUAUUUAGGAAAAUAUUGUAUAUUUUAUGUAUUUAAUAGUAACUGUAGUCCAAUACUGCAUCACAGUGAUUUAUGGAAAGAUUAAGGAUCUACUUUAUCUCUCUACUUCAGAAAUAUUUUCAGAAAAGAAUCUUAUUUCUGUCACUCUGUGCUACAAAUACCAAAUGUGACCAACCAAGUAGAGUUGGCACUCUGCUACAAUUUCUUGCAAUGGUUGUGGCCUUGCUUUUCUCAGAAUUUCUUCAUUGGUGAGACAAUUCUACCAGUUGACCCCUCAGGAUCUUUCUGAUGCACCUUUAAUGGUAUACAUUUAGUUUACUAGUUGUCCUUACUAUGCUCUUACAAGCUUCAUGAGUCUGCAUUGCGGUAGGUAGAACAAUGGAGUUAUAUAGAUGAAAUUUCACAUCAAUGCUGAUGUUUGAGGCUGCUCAGAUGGAAUGCAUAUGCUGGAACACUGAUGCUGUCUUUCCAGUCCUGCAAUCUAUGUCCAGUUCUACAUCACCAGUGCUUACAACACUGCCCAGAUUGGGGAACUGGUUCAAUUCUAUUUUAUGCAGGUGGAUGUUGAUAGCUAUUUCUUGGUUCAUGGUAUUGCUUGCUUUCAUCACUUUCAUCUUCAAUGUGUGUACUGGUCCUCAGCCUGAGCUUCUCCACACAUUGUCAACUCUUACAGAUUUGCAUUGUUUUCUGUAUCUAUCUACAGGAUUCCAUUGUUGGGUCCACUGACUGUGCUUCUCAUGACAAAAUCAGCAGCCUGAAUAAACAGUAGAGGAGACAAGAUGUAGCCUUGCCUGACCCCGGAGACAUUGUUGAGAAACUCUGUCACUCCAGAUUCAGCUCUUAUGCAUUAUCUUGAGUUGUCGUACAAUCUUUUGAAUAUGUUGACAAAGCACAGUGGGAUGCCAUAAGACAUGACAAUGUUUCAGAGGGAUUCCCUAUGUACACUGUCGAAGGCCUUGUGAAAGUUGAGGUUGACUACUAGUGGCUCCUGGUAUCAAUGAUGCUCCAUUGAGUGAGGAUCUGUUCUGUACAUGACCAGUUUAUUUCAUAAACCAGCCUGUCCUUCAUGUAGAACAAAUCCACAACUUGUCACAACUCUCUCAGUAGUAUUGUGCAACCUUGCUUGGGACUGACAAAAAUGCAAUGCCUGCCAGGUUGCCCUUAUUCAGUAAUUCACAAUAACCACCCCUUACUGUCAAUCUUGAGAAACCUGCUCUUCCAAGUAGAAGUAUUGAUAUGCUUAUUUAUAUGAGUAGCCCUUAUUGCAACUGGUUCACAUAGUCACAAGGAAUUGCUGAAAAGCUUGAAUGAACACAAACCUUCACAUGACCUCCACAACAAUAAAAUGUGUUUUUCUGAAAUGUGAUGUAGCCAGCAAUGCUAAAAACACCAUCUCAGAAUAAAGAAUGUACAGAUUUCUAUGACUAUUGAAAUGUAGAUCAGUACUUUUCAUGAAAGAAUCGAAAACUGAAUCUUGUCACAAAACUGAAGGCAUUUAAAAACAUUAAUUUGUAUCUAGAUUUAAGAUUACCAUGACUCUUAGAUGGCAUAUUGCUCUUUUUUUUUAGUUUCCCAGGGCUUUAUCAUUGCUGUACUUUGUUUCAAAAUUCUCAGACCAAAUUUGUCACAUACAGUGGUGCUGAUUAACAAUUCAAGGAAGUUACAAUACAUAGUUUUGAGUAUAUAUCAGAUGGUAAACCAAAACAAAGAAUAUAAGAGAUUCAAUUUUCAUGGCCAGGCUAUUGGUGUCUGGAUAUGGAUCUUAUUUAAUUGAGAAGGAGAAAAUGUUUUGGAGGAACACAGCUGAAGUCUUUAGACUAGUUGUCACCAAAAGUAUUGGAGGUGAUUUAAACUGACUUCUCCUAUUUCUUUGGCCUUGUGGUAUUCUUUAUAUUCUGAGUUCAAAUCUCAUUAAGAUCAAAUUCAUUUUAUUGGUCCUGGAAGGAUGACAAACAAAUUCCUAGUCAAAUACUGAGAUCAAUAUAAUUGACUGACACUCUCUCCCAAACUGUUGAUUUUGAACUUUAAUUAGGAAUUAUUGUUGUGCUUUGUCUAUGAUGGUAUUUGUGCAGUUGUUAAAGUUUUAUAGCUUAGAAAGUGGCUGGAGUGGUAUGUAUAUAUUAAUACAAGACUUAGUAUUAAAUAUGGUUUGUGUUGGUUUGUAAUUUGAAAGCUUGCAGUUCUAGUGUUUUCAUGACAUAUUUGUUUCAAGCAAAGCACAGGACACAUGAUUUUGAGACCUCAAUCAUGGUUUGGUAUGUCUUGCAUUUUGCAGGUUCAGUUAAUUAUUUUAAGUGUUGUGUUGGUUCUGUAGCUAUGUUAAUUGUAAAAUGUAAUGUAAGUAUUUGGUAAAGUUACUUAGUUCAAUAAAAUAGUUCUUUCUAAUUUGCAAGUGAGGCAUUGUUGUAUAAUCAGCUUUGAUUGUAAUAUGGUUGUAUGACAUACAUCAUCUACUUUGGCUGUUGCUGUGUGCUUUGGGUAGAAAGCACUUAGCUUUUAUUAGAAGUUUGUUGUUAGCUCUGGGGAUUGUAAUAGGAAGAAAAAAAUUAUACUUAGAUUACUGUUGAGGUUUGUUUUGAUUCAGUAUUUGUUUGGGUGAUUUUUUUUUAUGGUGCUUUGUGAUGUGUUCUAUGCUAGAAUCAUCAUCAUCAUCAUCAUUGGGUCAAGCUUGCUCAGAUUCACAUGACUCCGAUCCUCCUUACUUAAGCCCUUUGCUCCCUAUGGAGCUGAGGCCAUUGGUGACUUUGCUCCACUGUUUUUGACUCUGGACUCUACAGGACCACUCCUUCAGUAAAAGGGGAUGUUUCCCUGGAGAGAAGGCUAACCUUCUCCUAGAGAUUUCUGGUCUUUAAUUCUCAUUGAUGCUUUUGUAACUUCAUUUCUUUUUCUAGGUAGGAGGUGUUGGCCCUAAGAAAGUCUAUUUUUACCUCUGGGAAGAGAUGGUCCAUAUUAGUCCAGCUUCUGUCCUUUGAUCUGUUCAGCAUGAGAAAUCCUACCAGGUGUUUGUACUCUGCUGUGCAUAGCUAUCAGCCAUUGGGAUAUACAAGCCACUGCAAUGCAAGAACUGAACCUUGCAGUGAACUCUGAUCCUCCACUUGUCUCUAUUUUCCGUGGUAUGUGAUAGUUCCUUUCAGUGACAUCUGGUGUUAUCUGUUAACCAAUCAGUUUCUUGUUUCCACAGAGCAACUAAUGUGAUUAAACCAUGUUGAGUUGGAUGUCACUAACCAGCCUCUCCUUACCUCUUCAGUAGUGUCUGCCAAAACGAAACUCUUCUUUCUCCAAUUGUAUUUCAUACAUUAAAAACCUUCAUUAACCUGGGGACACUCCUACAUUUUUAAUGUUCUUACUAUUUCCUGAUCAGUUGAUACCUUUGAAUUAUUUUUUUUUCGUGCUUGGUUUUGAGCAUCCCCCCCACCCAACCAUUUUCUGUCAACUUUUUGAUCAUCCAACAAUGACCUUCCCAUUUAUCUGAGAUUUCCUCCUCAAUUUUAUUUUUAGAUUGAAGUUUUUCAAUAUUGUUUCCCUCUUUACGACAAUCAAGAUUUUUUUUUGUAAAUUUAGCUGUAAAUUUUGGAUAAAAAUUCUAACUCAAAUUAGUGUUUGCUAAUUAGUAUUACUGAUAAGCUUGUUAGUGUUAUUCCGGUUGGACUAAAAACAAAAGCUGCAGAAGUUUUUUUUUAUAUAUAAGGAAUAAUUAAUCAUAGAUUAGAGUGAAGGUGAGACAUGGCUGUUCAACACAUUCAGGAGGGAAGUAACUUCCAGUAAGAACCAACUUAACCCAUGACAACCCAUCCAAUCUAUACAAGAAAGGCAGACACAGAGAUAAUGGACAAUGAGAAAGGUUUUAGAGAAGUAAGAUCAACAGGUAACCUCAGAAGAAAUAGAGAUGAUGUUUGUUAUCAAAAAGAAAAGGAUGAAAAAAAAAAAACUUACAAAAUGUAUAUGAGAAUUUUUAGAAAUUUAUUUUGUCCAAAGUACAUUGUUUUUGUUCUGUUUUUUUCUUCUUUUUUUUUUCCAUACUCGUGCACUAUGUACAGAGUGUUGUUUGCCCAAAGUAACAUUGCUGUUUUUCACUCAUGCACUAGGUACUGAGUUUUAUAUGCCCCAAAGUACAUUUUUCUCGACACUCAGGCAUCCUCAUCAAUAUUAUUAUUAUUAUUUAUGUACUGAGCGUUGUAAUUGUAUUAUACUGUCAUCAUCAAGAAGUUUACAUUAUCCAAAACUUUGCAGAACAGAGAAUUUUGGAAGUCGGACAUUAAUAAAGAAUGUUAACUUUCAAGAAAAUCCACAAAAUUAAAAAGUCCAAAUGGGUUUGUUUUUGUUUUUUUUUUCCUUUAUGUACAACAGUGGUUUCAAGAAAUUAGGAAUUUCAAGCUGUUAAUUGAAACACAUACACACAAAACAAACAAGGAACAACAACAACAACAAAAAAAAAACCCACUAACAUUUUCUUUCACAGCUUUUAAAAUAACCCAAUACAAUUAUUUGAGCAUUCUAAAAAUCAUGGUAGUGAAAAUAACAUUUCCAAAGAUCUUAGCAGCUCAACUAGUGCCCAUUAAAUUUCAACUGACAAGUUGGCCAUUUUUCAGUCUCAUUUUAUAUUUUUUUAAUAAGAAAUUCUGUAUAAAAUACACAAUUCUUCACGACAAAUUUUUUUAAAAACUUUUUUGCUUUGUUUUUUUUUUUUUUUUUUUUUUUUUUUUUUCUUUAGUUUCAUUUUUACUGAAAAUGUAUACCAUGUUGCUAUAUUGAUUAUCAAAAGAAAAUUAAAGCAUCAUAGCUUAGAUUAAAAUGGUCUCACAAAUACAGAUUGUCUUCAUUUGGAGUUUUUGUUCUCCACCGAAACUGCUUUUAUUAGAAGCUUAAUUUAUUCCUGAACAACAGAUGAUGAUGUUAGAACAUAAUUAUUCAAACACAGCAAACUUAAAUUACAAUACAAUACAGUUCAUCUUUAAAAAAAAAAAA